AUUUCAACUGAAUUACAGAACCUUUUAAAUCCGGGGCAGUGAUAUUGUUGCGUAUCGUCUGCGCUGUUCUUCUUGUCAUUUCUUAAACCACACGGGAGAUUUCAAUCUAUCGAGGACUUUCCAAGCUUUCUCUGGUUUGAAGCAUUUACGAACCGCUGAAACUGGCCAGCGAUGGAGCUGCCGAAGACAUAGCGAAACGCCUCGUCUCAUUCGAAGAUGUGGAGUCAAACGUAGGAAGUAUUUCCUUCACACGUUAUACAAAGUCAGAAACCGAAUUUUGAAGAUCGAAGUCGAAAGUUGAAAUCUUCAAACACAUAGCUAGUGUUUACAUCCGCUGAAAGAUGCACGGAUAUGUUGUUACUAUCUCCAUCGUAGCUGGCGUCUGUGUCUUUGUAGCCCUCGUCUAUCUGGUCUUCAGAAUCUACAAGAAGAGGGCAGAGCUUGGAACUGAUGCAGAGACUGUAGGUCUGUGUCCCCCCAGCAUCAUUCUGACAUCCGACAGCCCCGGAAUGUCGAAAAAAAGACUUUACUCGCCCAUCAGAGAAAGAGCUGGAUCGAAGGAAAAAGAUGAAAAACUCAAAAUGAAAGAGAAGAGAAAGGAUAUUAAGAGUUUGUGGCUUCCCAAGAAGAAGACAAGUUUACCCGUUAUGCAGACAACCAUGGUUCAACCAGCUGUACCUGAGCAAACAAAGGAUCAAGGUGGAAGAGGCCGGUUGACUUUCACUCUCCAUUACCAUUACCAGUAUGCGUCGAAAUCAUCCGUUCUGCUCGUCAAACUUGCUAGUGCCCAGGAUUUACCGCUAAAAGAUGAUGACGAUCCCCCGGAUGUGUUCGUCAAAACACAACUCGUCCCAAGCCGCAAGCGAGUUUACAUCUCUAAAGUGCGUAGAGAAACCUCGAACCCAGUCUUCGAUGAGACAUACGAGUUUGAUAUCGAAUAUCAAGAGCUUCAACAACAAAGGCUUCUAUUUGAGAUUCUUGACUACGACUGCAUGUCUAGAUACAAGUCAGUUGGAGAGGUCAGCGUUCUUCUCGCAGAACUUGGAACACAUGGUUUUAACAUUUUGAGAGAGGUAUCUCUGUGUGUUUACAUAUCUAGACCCCGGAAAGAAUGAAUCGGCCUAUUUUAAACGUAUUUUAUUCGAACUGAUUUUAUACAUGGUUUUUCUGUCAUUGAUUACAAUGUAAAAAAAUAUAUGACGGGCCUUCUUCACAGACCUGCUAUUUAACAAUGAGAUUUUGAGCUCGAGAUUUCUAUCGCAUAAUAAUUGAUGAGGGCGAAAUUGAAUGGGGAUCAAAAGUGGAUAAUCUUAUUGUUAUAGUUUAAGUCUAUUAGAUGUUCAAAUUUGACAACAAGACAGGCCCAAAUAUUUGUUACCAUUAUUUUGUCUAAACCGCACACUUUUUACACAGCGGUCAAACGUCUGCGCAUGUGCGAACGUUGUAGUUGCUAGAGUCGUGGCUAGGUAGCGUGCAUUCAGGCUUUUAGGACCGAGGACCAAGGACGAAGUUUUCCUUUUCUUAACUUUUGUUUCCUUUUACAGAUUUCUUUGAACUUUUCCAUUUUCCACCCAUUUUUUUCGUGAGGGAAGUAGUUUCUUUUGUUUUCCUUGCAAAUUUUGGGCCGGAAAUUGGCGCGCGGCGAGCCGAGAUUGAUCUUCUUACACACGCUCGACGUUUGACCACUGUUUUGUCUACUGUGUUCACUUUACUCAUUUUAUUAUCAAUCAAAACGAGAAAGGGGAACACAUGACUGGUGGCUUAAAAUCAUGCAACCGAGAAGAACACGGGAAAAAGUCAAUCGAAAAUGCCUGAUAUAUUGGCAUAACAAACAUAAAUAAAAUAAUGUAAAGUGUUUAGCGGAUUGUGUCCGUGAGUUGUAGGAAAAUUAUUGUCAAAUUUUACUCGCUGAUACUUUAUAUGUUGUAGAUAUUUGCUCAAAAAUCAUCAUUUGGUUUAUCCAUAGAUAAAUUAUCAGAGCAUUUUACUUGUAAAAGGCAUGAAA